AUGAAUCGUACGGUUAAUCUGAUAAGUCAUCAAAGUGGGCCAAGUAUCACAUUUCCAGAGCGUAUAAGUACUGAAAAUGAUGCAGAACAAUUGUAUGCUGCUUGUAAAGGAUUAAGUCCAGAUGAAGAGACAAUCAACAGAAUUCUGGGACAUCGAACUCAACGACAACGUCAUGAAAUUCGUGAAGCCUUUCAAAGGCGGUAUAAAAAGGAUUUAGUGAAUGUUUUGGCAUCAUCAACCAGAGGUGAUUAUGAAAGUCUUAUCAAGACAUUAUUUCGUGGAAAUCUACAAAUAUUAGCACAUGAUUUAUAUAAAGGCAUGAAAGGAUUUGGUACCAAUUCAGACGUUCUAAAUGAAAUCAUCUGUUGCUGUAAUAAUAGUGAAAUACACAUGUUGAAGAAAGCAUAUCAAGAAGUCCUUUAUGAAGAGGAACCUAAAAAAGCUGAUCAUCGUUCACUUGAAGGUGAUAUACUGAAAGAGACAAAACCACCAUAUGAACAAUUAUUAGUAGCAUUGUUACAAGGUAACCGUGAUGAAGAUCCCCCAGAAUUAGUUGAAGAAGCAUUAAGAACAAGAAAUACAUCACGACUAGUUAAUCGAAAUCAAGUGGAAAAAGAUGUUGAAGACUUGUAUUAUGCUGGAGAAAAGCGAGCAGGUAAAGGGGAUUCGGAUACAUUCAUAAAAAUAUUAACAAAACGAAGUAAAUUUCAUAUGAAAGAAAUUUGGGAUUUAUACUUAUCAGUAAAAAUACAAUUGUACAUUGGUGGAGUCUAUAUCAAAAAAUUCUCUGAACCGUUUAAAUCUGGUCUGAAUACCAUGAUUAUGGCGCUUAAAGAUUUACGUUUACUGUUAGUCUGUCAGUUAUAUGAUAGCAUGUAUGGAUUAGGGACACGAGAAGAUACAUUGAUACGAAUUGUUUGUCUACGUUGUGAGAAUGACAUGAAUACAUUGAAGUCAAUGUAUCGUGAAUUCUUUGGAAAGCCUUUGAUUGAAGCUGUCAGAGAAGAUACAUCAGGUGAUUUUCGUAAAUUACUUCUUGCACUACUUGGAGAAUAA